AUGGAAUGUUUCCGGCAGAUCGCUCGACUGGUCAAGUCCCCCUUUCAGCGCGACUCGCACCGCCCGCUGGAGAUCGGUCCUCCGACCAACUUUCGAAAGGAGGAACUGCCCACGUUCUUCUCUGACGCAGAGGAUGACGCUGCCACCCUGCAUAGUCACGGCUCAAUGACGGAAAAGGAUGAAAAAGACGCCAUGAUCAAAGAGCUCGAGCGUGAGCCCUCUACGACAGAGAAGCUCCGAUCUCGCGUCCGCAGGCUGAGCGUCCGUGUCGCCCACCAGCUGCCUGAUCAUGACGAUGGCCCGCAUCAAUAG